GAGCGGGAGCAUAGCUGGGCUGUGUACUUCAAGGUUUGCUGAUUGCUUCUGAGAGAUGUAAAGAUCUAAUUUUCUGUUCUGGCCGAUAUUCUUUUCUCUCUCUCUCUCUCUCUCUCUCUCUUUCUUUUUUUUCAAGCAGAUGGAAACGCAGUAGGUUUGGGAAUUUUAUCCCACAUGUCAGGAUUACAGUCUGUUCUUGGGGGUGGGGAUGGACUUGGGGAACUAGAUUGAACUGUCAGCUUGUAGAAUGUCAGGCUUCAUGCAACAACUCACGAGAAGCGAGACUGGCAGCCUGGAAAGAUUACUGCACUGAAGAAGAGACAGAUGGAAUUGAUGGAGAUCACAUUUCGCUAUCGUACCACCUUGGCUGUUAUUCUGAAUUUGAUGGCAUUGGGCUUAUCCUGUACAGCUUUACUCAGCACAUACUGGUGUGAAGGAACUCAGAAGGUUCCCAAACCUUUGUGCAGCAAGGAAAAGACAGCAAAGUGCAUUGGACUUCCCCCACAUGCAGAAAAUACUAAUGCUUCAUCCACAAACACAGUGCAAUAUAACUGGGAGACAGGAGAUGAUCGCUUUGCCUUUCGCUAUUUCCACACAGGGAUGUGGUACAGCUGUGAAGAAAACAUCAUUGGCACAGGUGAGAAAUGUCGAAGCUUUAUUGACUUGACUCCACUGGCAGAGAGAGGAAUUUUGUGGCUCUCGCUGGUUUCGGAGGUGAUCUACAUCUCGCUUCUCAUCCUAAGUUUUGGCUUGAUGUUGAUAGAAAUCUUCUGCUCUGGCAACCCUGUCUGCGGACUGAAACUCAGUGCAUUUUCUGCAGUGUCAUCUGUACUGUCAGGACUGCUGGGAAUGGUGGCCCACAUGAUGUACUCACAGGUUUUCCAGGUUACAGUAACCAUGGGACCAGAAGACUGGAGACCUCACAACUGGGACUAUGGAUGGGCAUUCUAUAUGGCAUGGGCCUCAUUUACCAGUUGCAUGGCAUCCUCAGUCACUACCCUCAACACCUACACCAAACUCGCACUUGCUUUCAAGCGUAACCAAAAGCUUUAUGAGCAAGGCCUGAAGGAGAGUCAAUGUUUCCUCAAUCCAAAGGAACUAGGUUACUACAGAGGGCAGCAUGUACGCUCCGUAUCCCAAGGUGUGGAUUUCUACUCUGAGCUACAGCGGAAGGUCCUCCUGCGUGACAGUACUAUAGACCCUGAUGAUACCUCUGAGUCUAUUGGAGAUGAGCACUGCUGAAAGCAGAAAAUGGAGGAAAAAAAUGAUAAAGCAAAGUAUUUAUUCCUUAAUCAGGCUGGAGCUAAGAUGUUCCAUCAUAAAACAAUGUAUGAACAACAAAGUUAAAUGUUGAUACAUUUGCAGUUAGGACUGAGCAUUAACAGAGUCUACUGCUGCUGUGAUAUAUAUUAGAGAUUCAAACCAACAAUUUAUCUGUGCUGAAAGCUUUCGAGGAAAAUAAAUGACUGUGAUAUUUCAUCUGCUAAAUCAUUUAAAUAAUGACGUUCAGAUAUUUGUAACAAUUACUUAUAUAUUUAUUCGGUGUAGUUAUAUAAGAAUCACAAAGUAUGUAAGACAGGUGUCUUUUACAGUAUCCUUUCCAUGGUUAAUGUUAAGCAUGAGGUAGUUCAACAGCUGUCCUUUUUAAAAAGUCAAUCAAGAACACAAAAAUAGACAAAAAUUACAACUACCAUACGUAGAUGGGAAUUUCUAUACUUUCUUGUGUGAGUGACACUUAAAAUGAUCAAGCUUUCUUUGAUGAUUUUUGUAUGGUACAUAACUAGUAUGAAAACUGAAUGGAUAAUUUAAUGGUGAAGAAUUACCACUAACCUUUGGAUAAAUAAUAGAUGCAGAAAUGCUCACAGUUGUAAAAAGUGCAACAAUAUGCUUCUGUACAUCAGUGUGUAAACAGAUUUCUAAUGUACUGAUUUAACUAAGUUAAGACACUAUAAGUAUCUGAUAAGACCAAGUUAAAUGCGCAUCUGCAUUAACCAUAGUUAUCUUUUAAGAAAACAGAUACAGCAGAUUUUGACUCCAUGUGUAGAUGUUGGUGAUGCCCUGACAAGCACUGAACAUAUCAAAAAUGACACCUAAGUUAGAAACACGUUCAUUGUCAUAGUAUGUACUACUAGACAUCUGCCCUGUGGUGACAGCAUAUAACCUUUAUCCUAUGUUAUGACCACUAAAAAGUAUAGCACCUACUGGAUAAAAGUGAACCUAGACUCAUUAGCCAUUUUGUGUUGUAUUCACAAGUCUGCAUCCUGACUGCUGCAUAUGGCUUUUAUUCAUACAUUUGUAUACUUUUUUUUGUAUAUGGUUUGGACAUAUAAUUCUGCAUCCUGAUUUUUGUAUAUGGCUUCCAGGAUACUAUGCACCCAUUAAUGGUCUUGAACAGCAUUACCACUCAGUUGUGCACAAUUAUGCUAAUUUGCCCCUCAGCCCCACAGAGUUCAAGGAAACUCCAUGGUUAUGCAUUAAUUAUACCAACAGAACCAAACCAAAAACCAGUAAGUCACUUUCAACAAAGGUAAACUAUCCAAAAAUGAACAAGAAAGUGACUCCACAAUGAAAGGUUUAUUAAAAUACAUUAAAAACAAGUCUAAAAGAUGAGAUGAGCGGUUUCGGCCCUAAGCCUUCAUCAGAUCUACAACAGCCCAUUCACCAUUGUCAUUUAAAAGGGGAGUGCCCAAUCAGAUUAAUUUUCUCAGGCGACACCUUCUUAGCACCAGUUUCAGUGGAACUAAUUAAUUCAGACCUGAUUCUUUGUCUGCUCCCAGGCCUGCUAUCCAUUUAGUUUCCUCAUAUUCAGUAAUCACCUUUAAAUUGCUUCUUCUUGAGCCACAAUGUACCACUUGAAGAGCCAUAAAUUGAAAAGAAUGACUAUUCAUCAUUAUGUGCUUACUUAAAGCAUUUGUACGGACCUUGUUUCUCA